CCGACGUCAGUCGCGCUGCGAUCGCCGCGUGGACCGCACGUCUAGUUACCGAGUCUCUGCUGCGCGCAUAAUAUAAUGUUUACGCGAACGCUAAACUUGGACAAGAAAAACUUUUGAAAAUUUUCUGUAAAUAUUUUUUCAGUGUUAUUCUUGUUGUAUAAUAAUUUUAGUGACUCUGUAUAUUAAAGAUGGACAGUAAAACACCAACAAAUCCCUCAUCACCGCCAAGGGCUCAAGUGAAAAAAGAAAAUGAAGAAGAAAUCAAGGAUUUUGCUGAGACAGCGAUGAACGAGUUGCUAGGCUGGUACGGGUACGAAAGGCUCGAGCUGCGAAGGUGGGCAGCAUCAAGGGCUCGUGACGCCUCCAGUCCAGAACAAGCCAGUGAACAGAAAAAUAAAGCUGAUGAAUGUUCGUGGUGCAACAAGAGCCUCCCCAGCGAGGGUUCAGCGCUCCAGCAUGCAGGCGCCACAUUUUGCUCAGAGCUCUGCUUCAGUCAGUCCCGUCGCGCCAACUUCAAACGUGCCAAGACCUGCGACUGGUGUCGGCAUGUUAGACAUACCGUCGCUUAUGUGGAUUUUCAGGACGGUGCCACUCAGCUGCAGUUCUGCUCGGACAAAUGUCUCAACCAAUACAAAAUGCACAUCUUCUGCCGAGAGACACAAGCCCAUCUUGACCUCAAUCCACAUUUAGUCAAUGCGUCAUCGUCAUCCAACCUCAUCACUCCUGAACUCUGGCUCAAAAACUGUAAAAGUAGAUCAGCAUCGCCAACUUCCGAACGCUCAGGAUCGCCAAAUCUUGACAACGUUCCCGCCAAACCAGUCACCACUGAAAAGACAGAAGUUCAAAAGACCCAAAAUAGAUCUCCACUUCCUUUGAUAACCAUUGCUCCAACAGCAAAGCUGAUGAAGCAAAAACGUCCAUCUGACGAAACGAUACCAGUUCAGAAGUCUCCAGAAACGAAAAAAGACGUUAGGAAUACCAAAAUGAAUCUACGUAAACGUAGAACCUCAAAAUGUUCAGCUACGGUCACGUCACAGACGGUCCGGCAGCGAACUUCAACCCCGAAGGCGCAAGAUCUUAGGAUGUGCAGUCCGUCUGACGGAUCAUCGCCAGCAUCGACUGUUGGAAACGCUCUACAUUCGCCGCCGCAUCAGAUUAACGCUCAUCCUCCACCACCACCGUUUCCUCCAAACCCAAUGUUCAGCAUGCCCCCACCGAUGUUCUUGGACAACCACGAUCCAAGGCACCCUCAUAAUAUGUUCCCACCGCGGCUAAACUUCAUGCCUCGGCCAGGAUUCCCAUUGGAGCGACCUCGUCUGCCAGGAAUUCCACCACCGCUAAACUUCCCCACUCCCAUAGGUCAGGCUCCUCCCGUCACAGUAUUAGUCCCGUACCCAGUCAUCUUACCGAUACCCCUUCCUAUUCCGAUUCCAAUUCCUUUCUCAGCGUUCGUCCAAGCUCAUUGUGCGAAUAAAGUAAAAACUGAAAACAGACCAGACACAGCAGACACGGAAGGACCUUUAGAUUUUACAAUGAAUAGUGACAAAAACAGAAGAGAAGAGGAAACAUUGGGAUGUAGUAGUGAGCCAAAUUCAGAGACUGCUUUAGAUAAGAGCCCACCUUGCGAACAAAAUAAUGAACGAAUAGAAGAAGAUAAAAUGGACACUGAAAUGAACGAGACUGGAAAUCCGGAGCAGACUUUGCCCAAGUUCAAAAUUACUAGAUUGGGGAAUAAAAUGGCAAAAAUAGUAGCGAAGAGUAGAGAGCCGUCAGAAUCCACACGACCGCUGCGGAAACGGCGGAGACUGGUCGAAGUAUCGACGGAUGAUGAAGCGCUCAUUCCAAAGACGAGGAAAAUAGUUGAAGUUUAAACGUAGAGUUGAAAUAACCCCACUAUUCUCUGAUACAUAUCACAAACGCAUGAUAAUCCGAACCGAGUUCAUUAUACUUUCAGGUUGCUAGUCUUUAGUUGUAAGAUGCUAUUAAAAUUUUAUGUCUUAGGUUUUAGGGCGCACUGUAAAUGUGAUAUUAGUAACUUAUUACUUUCAAUGUAUGUAAAAUAAAAGAUAUUACUACUCUAA